GGUCAGUAGCGCGGCGGCCGCCAGCCGGCAAUGGUGCUAACCUGGUUGCUGCUCCGGGCUGAGCGCAGGGCUGUCCUCGGGUCCGCGGAGGCUGCGCUCUGCGUGGAUGAGGUAGGCGAAGCUCUACAGAUGAACCCAAGAGACUUCAAAGAGAAGUACAAUGAAGUAAAGCCCUCCAAAUCUGACCACCUAGUGUUUUCUUGUUUAGCCGGAGUGAAAAGCAAGAAGGCCCUGCACACAGCAGUAUCUCUGGGCUUUCACAGAAUUGUCUUGUCUUCCAUACUUGUUACCUUUUCCAGAUGAGAAACUCCAU